AUGGUCUUCGAGGACAAUGCGCCCAAUGUGGCCGCGACGAUUCUCAUCUUGACCAUCUUCUCCCUGAUUGUGUAUCCGAUGCGAGUGUACACUCGAAUUAAGCAUAGUGCUUGGGGCUGGGAUGACUGGGCUAUGACGGCCGCGGUGGUAAGCUCAAGUCUGAUUGUCUGGCCUUGGGGUCGGCAACUAACCAGUCUGACAGAUACCCUAUGGCGCUCUCACAGUCUUCUCACUAGGCAGCGCAUUUCUUGGAGUCGGGGUCCACAAGGAGAAGCUCAGCGCACACGAGACGGAGCAGGGCAUGAUGGUACGACUGCUUCCAUCCUCCAGCAAUGGCUCCCAAUGGCUGACGAAAGCAGUGGUUCUUCUUCUUCGAGGUCUUCUUUUGCAUAGCGAUCAUCCCCGUCAAGCUUUCGAUCUCCCUCAUGCUCAUGCGCGUCGCCGGACCCAAGAAGCACUACAUCUGGGCUCUAUGGGGCAUGUCAUCUUUGUUCAUCCUCUCGAACCUGAUCUCGUUCUUCUACAUCAUCUUCCGAUGCAAUCCGGUCAGCUAUGCAUGGGAUACGUCGAUACCGGGAGGCUCUUGUCUCCCUGCAAUUGCCCUGGCCGAUGUCUACUACGCCGAUACCGCCGUCAACAUCCUUGCGGACUGGUUCUGCGCAUUACUUCCGAUCCCUCUGCUCUGGAACCUGAAGCUCAACACCAAUGCGAAGAUCUCCGUUGGGUUUCUGCUAUGUCUUGGUGUGCUGGCUUCCCUAGCGGCGUGCAUUCGCUUGAAGUAUACCGUCAAUCUCAAUAAUUCGGACGACUACCUCUACGCCGUGAGCAAUGUCAUGAUCUGGGGAUGUAAGUCUCGUCCAACCCACCACAUAUCGUCGCCGAAUGCUGACUCCAGGAUUCCAGUUGCGGAGAAUGGCGUCGGCUUCGUAGUCGGCUGCAUCGCAACCCUCCGCCCUCUCUUCCGGAGAAUGUUUCGCCUCGGCGGCACGGACGGGUCCAACAUCAAGCUCGACGAAGCCAGCGGCGAGGGAUAUCGCGGAUCAGCCGGCAUGCCGCCUCCUUAUACCGGCUCCGGGAAGCGCACUGGCGCCAAGACCACGAUCGUCGGCUCGCAACUGAGGAAAGGAAGUGACGGAUCGGGCAGCACGAGCGAGGAAUACAUAUUGCAGGACAUGAGAGGGAAUGAUUUGAGGAGCCUGCAGGGUAUCCAGGUGUCUAGAAGCGUCAUGCAAAGGCGUGACUGA